AUGUCAUGGAUGGACUCCUGGUCACGCCCCUCCAAGUCACAAGUCACACCACCGCCUCUCUACCUCACGGCGGGCGACACAGUCCCCUACUGCCGCAGCUGCGGACGCGUCAUAGGUCAGCGGAAAUCACACGCUUCGCAAGAAGUAAAGUACUGCUCUGCUCGCUGCCGGAACACAAAACCUGGACCCAUUGAUCGGAAGAUCGAAUCAGUAUUUGCAGCGCUGCUAGAUGGGGCUAGCCCGGAGUCGCUAAGAGAUGAUGAUGAUGGGGAAGUUCGGAGCAGCAAAGGGGGGAGAAAUUUUGAUGGGAAGCAGGGAAAGCAGAAGAAGAGGAAAGCGGUGAAAGGUGACCCGAGGAUUAUCGUGGAGUGCGGUACGGUUGAGGAGCUUGUAUUUCCCCGGGGAAAAGAUCCCGAAAAGAUAUACGGACGCCGCAAGAACAGAGCAGCACGUGGCAUCGUCGAGAAGCCCGAGGACUGGCGAAGCGUCGAUAUGGUGGAUGGCCCUGCACCGGCGCCAGGCCCUACGCCUCGACCCUCUACGGACGGAACAAGCACCACUAGCGACAAGAGCGCUCGAUCAGAUGAUGAAGAUGGAGGAGUGGCGCUAGAGAUGAAGGAAGAGGAAGUCGACUACGGUUACGGCGGCGGCAAGAUUCGUCCACCACAAACCCAAUCCGAUAUCAACGGUAGUAUAGGCGGUGAGAAAGGCUGGGCCGAGCGCAUCGAAGAGACGGACGAGAUGAAGGCGAAGAGACAGGAAGGGCAGCGGCGAGCUGAAGAGAAGGAGAGGGUGAGACGUGCUGCGAGAAGAUGGUGUGCGUUUGGGCUUCAAAUAGAUGGGGAGGGUGCAGAGAGGAAGUGCGAGGCUGUUAUGAAGGGUGUGGUUGUGGAAGCUAGUUUCGCGAAGGGGGAGUGGGGAAUACGGUGGAGGGAUAAGAGCUAA